GGACUUCCAAAGCUGUGGGAGCAUGUGACUCAUGCCUGGGUUCAGAAUUUUUUCCUCUAUUACCAGAAGAGGCUUACUCGUCCAAGUGCCUGCAUGUUUAGCAAAUGCAUCAUCUUUCGAGUCAAAGGUCACAAGCCCCCUGCAGCGAUACUGUAACCCUCCCUGAGUGGCUUUCACACUCCUGCUGUAGUAUACUAAAAGCUUUGGGCUUCUCCCUGAUUGCACCACCUCCUACCGCGUGUCAUCAGCCUCGAGGACGGGAGGGCUGGUCUCCUUGGAGACCGGGGAGCACCUACUGCGCACGCGCGCAUGCUCCCAGCCCGGCUGAUGCAACCCCAGCGCACCAGCCAGAUGGACGCCGGGGGGUGGGUCUAACUCUGGGAAGAAGGAAGAGGAGAGGAUUGGAGGCGGGAAGGGGUGGGACCAGCGCGAGGAGGCCCGGAUGAAGGCGAGAAAAGCCCCUCCCACCCGUGUGCUAGCGGCUGACGUUCGUCGGCGUGCGGCCAAGAGGCGACGACGUGCGGCUGGCGCGCCCUGUCGUGCUCAGUCCCAGUUCGCUGCGGGCUGUCCCGUCUCGACGCCGGUCCUGCGGCCAUUUUGGUUCUCUCUCCGCCUGGGCGCCUGUCGUCUUCCGGGUUCUCUGUCACUGCCGCCUUCUGUUGCCGCCGCUUUAGGGCGGCUCCUCGGCCUGUCUGGAAGAAGCCACCGCCGGCGGGGUCCUCUUUAUGGUGGCGGGUCUUUCGCCUGCCUGAGGCAGCUUUGUCCCAGCCCAUCAGGGGCUCCCUGUUCUCCCCUUCGCCAUGGACUCCGCCUCCCCAGCCGCCGCCUGCGCUCAUCCUGCCGGACUUUGGCCCUCGGACCGCCGCCGUCACCGCCGCUUUCCCCCAUGGCGCCCCUGCCGGGCCGCGGAGCAUCAUCGUCGGCCUGGAGCAGCGGCCCUGCCGCUCAGCCCUGCAGAGGCUGUGUGAGCGUCGCUCAAGUCGUGCCCUGUCCCCUCCCCGCGCCCCUGAGUGAUCGCCCCGUCGAGGCCAUGGAGCCUGGAGCCCAGCGUGGGCCCCGAGAGCAGCCCGCGUCUGCUGCGGUCUCCUGGUUCCGACUGCCCUUUUUCGUGCGUCCUCACCGGGCGCAGUCAGCUGCAUGUGCCCCGUGCUCUGCCCCCUCUGCCGGCGAGAAGAGCGCGGACCCAGGGCGCCAGGCCAGAGCCUGGCUUGCGUUGCUUUCGCAGUUCCUGGCGCCUCUGCCCGGCCUGCUGCAGAAGCUGCUGCUGUGGGGUCAGCUGCUGGGGGGCAUGAUCCCAAGCCGCUGGCUGGAGCUGGCCUCAGGGAAGAGGGUCUUGAGAGGCCGAGGAGAUGACCCCACCGCUGUUCCCGUCACCCAGAAGGCUGCCAGCUUUGACUGCCCCCCGGACGACCCCACUGCCGCCCCCCUGAAAUGGUUGGAGGAGGGCAUCCAUUGGCAGUGCGGCUCCUCUGAUCUAGGACUGGAACUUGAGGGCAAAGGAGGGCCUUUGGACCCAGCAACGCACUCUCUCCUCUUGCAGCAGCAGUUGUGGGGAGCCGAGCUGGUGCAAAGCAGCCUCCAGGCCCAUCUGUUCCCGGACAAGGAACUUUGUUCUACGGCUAAUGGGGCUCUAAACCUUGAGCCUUUCAACAAUUUCAAUGUGGUCUCCUAUGUGCUGAACCCUGCCGGGCUGAACUGCCUGUCUCACGUAGAGCUCACCUGUCAAAAAAGUUUUGAGAGUUCAGAGAGGGGCGACUUACAGACACUAACUCUAGAAAGCUGCUUUUUGGCUGCUGACCAGAGUCACCAGCCCCAGCCACUGAAUGCAGAGAGUUCUGGAUCUACCUGGCAGGGCUUUCCACACAAGUCACCCCUCUCUAAAGAGGGUCUGCCAGAAAUCCACCACCUUCGAAUGAAACGUCUGGAAUUUUUGCAGCAGGCCAGCAAGGGUCAAGCACUGCCCACUCCUGACCAGGAUCACGGCUAUCACAGCCUGGAAGAGGAGCACAACCUGCUUCGCAUUGACCUGAGCCAAGCUUUGAAAUCUGGAUGUUGUAGUGAGAGUUUGGGACAGUGUGUUCCCGGCUCAGAGGCUCUUGUAGAGGGCUCAGAGGAUCCAACUGCUGAGAAAAAGAUUGGGUUGUUGAUUACAGAGAUUCCCUCACUUUUGGCAAAACAGGACUCUACAGACAACUGGACAACUUGUAAUCCAUCAUUAGAGAGAAACAUCGUGGGUAUUCAGCAGAAUGUGGUUGACAGCUCAGAUACAGAAGAUGACCUUCCUAUUUAUGCAAGACCUGCAUGUAGUAACAAAUUGAUAGAUUAUAUUUUGGGAGGUGCAUCUAGUGACCAGGAGACAAGUACUGAGUCUGAGGGUGAGGAUUGGGAUGAAGAGGUUGAAGAUGAUGGUUUUGAUAGUGAUGGUUCUCUUUCAGAAUCAGACUCUGGUAAACGGCAUUCUGAAGGCCUCCUCCUUUGGAACUCUUUCUACAGUAUAGAUCCUUACAACCCUCAAAACUUUACAGCGACAAUUCAAACUGCUGCUACAACUAUUAGUGGAGACCAUUACAAUUCAGAGGAUGACUCUCCUGAAAAGUCUGAUGGAGAGGAUUCUUGGACUGAAAGCCCACCUCGUUCUCCUGAUCAUUGCUCUGGAGAAGAGGAUGAUUGGGAAUCUAGUGCAGAUGAAGCAGAGAACUUAAAACUCUGGAACUCUUUCAGUAACUCCGAUGACCCCUACAAUCCUUUUAAUUUUAAAGCACCUUUUCAGACAGCAGGGAAAAAAGGGAAAGACGAAUGUGACUCAAAUAUACGAACUGAGUCUUCAGCCAUCUCACGGGGUCAUGCCUUACUUAGUUGUAAGGUACAGCUGUUAGGGAGUCCAGAGACUGGAAUCACUGACUUUGUCCAGUAUGGGAUUCUUUCUGGAGAAAAACACACAGCUACCAGAAGAAAAAAGGUAACCUUUCUUGAAGAAGUUACUGAGUAUUACAUAAGUAGCGAUGAAGAUCGAAAAGGACCCUGGGAAGAAUUAGCCAGGGAUGGAUGUCGGUUCCAGAAACGAAUUCAAGAAACAGAAGAUGCUAUUGGAUACUGCUUGACAUUUGAGCACAGACAGAAAAUUUUUAACAAACUCCAGGAAACAUACUACAAAAGAUUUAAUGUUUUCUAGUGAUUGGAAGAUGAUAGUCCUCUUGCCCCACUAAUAACACUACCUCUUAACAUAAGAGGUGUCUUCCUUUUAAAAGUAGAAGUUGGCAGCUGUUCUUUAAUUUCUGAAAGAAUGAAAUUUGGAUGCAGUGCCCACAACUCAAUGUUACCUGUGUGCAACAAAAACCUCCUUUGAAGUGUGUGUCUGGUUUUGUUGAAAUAAGACCUCUUAAUGAAGGAUAGGCGUGUGGGGUGUGUGACUUUUAAAAAAUUCUUACUUUCUUGAAAUUAAUUAUAUUAUGUAAGUUGAAUGUGUUUUGAUUUUUUUUGGGGGGGUGAAGAAGAGGGGACCUAUUAAGUUGUAAUUUUGCACUUUUUAAACUUUGAAGGGAAACAAUAUUUAUAAGGGUUCAAAGCCCAUUUUCAGUUCUAAUUUAAAGUAUAUAUGCCUGUUUAAAGUCUUUGUGCUCUUUAUACUUUAUUUUUUCACUCCAACAAAAAGAAAAUAGGCUCUUGUAUAUUCUGUUAUAGUUUUUCCUACCUGCUUAAAUAUUGCCCUCUUGCCUUAAGGCUAAGAAAUCAGUCUUGCUUAUACUACUGCUAAAUUAAAAAAAAAUUGUCUCAUGAUUUGUAUUUUGUUAAAGGAGAUAUAAGUGGCAAAUUGAAAUUUUAUUACAGACAAUAUUGUUAAUCUACUUUUGGAAAGCUCUAUCUUUACCCAUGAAUUGUAACUUUUCACAUAUGAAAAUUAGAGUCUGCAAUGCAAAUCCAGUCUCUUUAAAGAAGGUUCUUUACAUUUUUCAUACGUUUCCUCACUAUAUUAGAUUUUAAUUUUUUUAAAGGAAAAAAUUGAUUGGCAUAAAAUUUUAACUUCCAAAAUCUCUAAAAAGCAUAAUAAGUACCAUUGCACAAGCUUGCUUUAUUUUUUAAACUUAAACCUGGCUGAAUUUUGCUGGGCAGAGGGUGAAAGAGUUCAUGGAGCGAUUUGGUUUGAUUGCUUAUCUUCUUAAAAGAAAAAAAACCAGUGUUAUUAAUAUCAUGCCUCAGCACUGUCACUUUGAAAACUUGUCAGGGUAACACUGUGAAUUUGGAAACUGGCAGUUUUGAAAUUUCCAAAAUCCCAAUGUUGGAAUAUAUAUAGACUUCAGUCACUCUCCAAGUUUGUGUCAAAGAAGUGGCAAAUAAAUUGGUACGGCCUGAUUCCUUUUGAGAAAGGAAAGUACUGUAGACUAACAACUAGACAAUGUAAGUAAUACCUUAGUCCAAAGGUUAUCUGUAUUUCUAUGCUUGUGCAGUGAUUGAGCUUGUUUCUGUUUGUUCUUUGAGUGUGUGCAUUUGUUUUGUCGAGGGAACGUUAACUGAAUAUUUAAAGGACAGUCUCAAUUUUUACUCCUCUUAUAGUUAAUGGAAGACAUGGGUAGGAGAAAAGAUCUCCAUAUCAAACUUGAUUACAUGUGGGAGAGAAUUCUUUAGAUUAGGAACUAGUGGAUUAGACAAAGUCUCAAAGGUUUACUACCUCAGCUUAUCCUCUAUCUGGUUACUAUUCCAUUUAUGUCUAGUUUGCUCUAAAAAUCCACACCAAGCACAUUACCAUAAAGAUACUUCAAAUUUUAGUAUUGAAGAAAGUUUUUUUUUCUUUCAAAAUAGGCCUCCAUUAAAAUUUGGAAAGAAUAAACUAGGGUAAACUUUGUGAACAGAACACAGAUGAGUGUUUUUUCUAAAGUACUGACCAUACCUUGUAUGAUCUGCUAAAAUAAUACCUAUGAAAUAUAAGCUAUCUUAAAAUUACAAAUAGCAUUUUAUUACUUAGAAAAAUAUGCAUCAUUUGCCCUAUUCACAUUUUUUAAUACAUAGAAAUUCUUUUUGAAUUGAAAGCAUAAUGUCUUCACAGGAUUAAUUGGUACAAAUGAAAUCUUUGUGUAAUGUGUAAUUAUUGUGAACAUGGAGGCUAUGGAACAUUACUUUGCUUGGAUUGUAGAACAAUAUUCAUUUGGGCCCUUUUUAUGUUCAACCUCUCUGCCCCGGAUUUAGAGGAGUGGGCAGGGAAAUCCACUACAAUUGUGUGUAUAAACUUUUCUGUUAGGAUUUCCUCCCCAAACCUCUCUUUUAAGAAAGUAUUGGGCUUGAGGUUUGUGAGGAGAGGGAACUGAGUUUGAGUUUGAAAAAAAAUCAAGAGUCCUGUCAAUUUCAUUCUAGCCAUAGUGUAAAUUUGGUGGAACUUUUUCUAGCUUAUAAAAACUUUAAAAUUGUAAUGGUGCUUUAAACGACAGUGUAGUAUGUGGGAGACUUUGUACAGAGAUGUGCUUGUUUCUGAGUGUUGAAAUACUAUAAAGAGCGCCUCUUCAUUUUCAACUUUAAAUCAAAACUGUGUAACUAAUUAUCAGAUUUUAUUUUUAUAUAAUUUUGCAAAGUAAAAGUUAGAGGAGACUGGCAAACCUCUAGAUUUACUUUUACAAACCCAGACUGAUGUAAAUGUUUGUUGGGGUUUUAUAACUAAAAUUAUAUUUCUGUGUAUAAACUGUUCAAAACUAAUCUGUAAAUUGUAAUAAAAAUAUUUACAUCUAUUAAA